AUGGUUUUCACUACAAUCUACGAGAUUUGUGAUGCCGUUGUAAGCAACUUCGGACCACGACGACUGAAAAAACCUAGGGAUAUAGCUGGGCAGGUUGUCCUCAUUACCGGUGCUGCUAAUGGACUUGGACGUCAGAUAGCCGUAAAAUUUGCUACGAAGGGUUGCAGAUUAGUGCUCUGGGAUAUCGAUGAAGAGGGCAACGAGGAAACGAGGAAAAUCUGCAAAGAAAUUGGAGCAGAGGCUCACAGUUAUCGCGUAGACAUGUCCGAUCGGCAAUCAAUCUACCAGUUUGCAUCCACCGUAACCUCCGAUGUUGGCCCUGUUGAUAUACUUAUCAACAAUGCUGGUCUACUACGAGAUGGUGGAGACUUUCUGGACAAAUGUGAUGAAUUUAUCGAAAAAACUGUACGAAUAAAUAUGCUGGCUCAUAUUUGGAUGGCAAAAGCUUUUCUACCGCAAAUGAUUGAACGGAACGUUGGACAUAUAGUAUGCAUUUGUUCACUUGGAGGGAUUGUUGGAGCUAAAGAUAUCAUCGACUACUCAGCGUCAAAAUUCGGCGCAUUUGGAUUCCAGGAAGCCUUAGAAAAUGAGAUGUUUCAUCGCGGCCAUAACAUUAAUUUCACAACCGUUUGUCCAUCAUAUAUCCGUACGAAUAUGUGCAAUAAUAUUCCGCUUUCCCGAAGAACAGAAUUUAUGUCACCUCAGUACGUCGCCGAAGAAGUUGUAUACGCAAUUCUCACAAGCAAGAGGAUUUUGCUGCUGCCUAAAUCAACAUACUUUCUUUACGCACUGAAGGGACUGAUUCCACGACGAACAUUCCAACGACUGCUGCUUUUUGCGCAAAAAUCACACGAGAUCAGUUUACGUAACAGAUAA